AUGAAUAUAGGAAACAUACUAAAGGAAUUAAGUUCACAUUUUAUUAGUCUUACAGAAUGCGGGCUUAAAUAUGGCCCUCAAGGUAAAAUGCUACUAAGAAAUCUUGAAGAACAAUGGUUUCUAAAUUGCAUUACAAUGUCACGCUAUAAUAUAUUCUUAUCAGAUGAAUUUAAUCAGACUCUAAAUUUUGUUAUAAAAACUGAAAUGAGUGAUAUACCAUUUGGAUUAGCUUCAAUAAAGAACUCAAAAGAUUAUUGGGAUUCAAAUCUAUUGUCUAUACAAAAAUCAAAUUCUCACAGAAUUGCUGCGACAAAUAUUUUUAACAAUAAUACAGAAACAAAAGAUGUAUUCCAUAAAAUUCAGAAAGAACGUAAAAUUUGGUGGCGGAGAUUAGCACAAUAUCCUUCUAGAUUUAAGCUUACAGAAGCAAAAAAGAUAAAAGGUUGUAAUGUAGUAGAUAUUGAAGCUCAAUUUCCAUUUGGCAAUGUUAUUGUGGAAAAGAUAACUUACCAUACAGAUGUUCAAAAACUAUUUUCCCAGGUUGAUAGUAAAAAAGAUUUUACCAACAUACAAAUGGUUGAGCAUAAGGUAUCUUUAGAUUGGGGUUGUUUAGCACUACUUUGUGACGCAUAUGAUAUGAAUAAAUCUUCCAAAACGCAUCUUCAUUCCAAGUUAGCACCACAUAAAGUUGCAUUUCAUAUAAAAAGAUCAAAUAAUGAAGAGAAUACCCAAAAUGAUGAUUUAAAUCGUUUUGUACUUUACUUAAAUAAUAUGCUAAGAACAAAGGGCCUAAAUACAAUAUUAACCACUUCAGAAAAAAUUAUAGAUACAUGCUUAAUUCCUUUUAUAGUUUCUGUUGAUACGACUAGUCUUGAAAAUGGCAUUAUAUAUGUAAGAGAUAGAUCCACAACUCUUAGUGAAGCAAUACACAUAACCGAUUUAGUAAAAUAUAUAAUUCUGCGUUGUUAAUCAAUUAAUAUGAUAUAAUUUCAUUUAAAUAAAAUUAAUAUAUCAAAAGCUACAAAUAUAAAA